AGAAAUGUAUCAAGAAGGCUCUGAAAUAGCUCUGAGUAGCCCCAGUGAACAGAUUACAUACUUACGGGUGGAGAAAAGUAAACCCUUGAGUACACUGGAACUUGGGGACUCAAAGCCAGAGUCACAAAGAUGUGUGAGCAGCAAUCUACAAAAAGAAUUUCCCCAGUUCCAUAAUAAAAACAUAGAAAAAGAUAAAGCCUCACAAAACUGCAUAGAGAGAGAUGUGGAACAAAUGGCAAAGAGGUUACGGAUGGCCCAUGAAGAAAUCCGAAGGCUCGCUGAUGAACUGCAAGGGAAUGAGAAGGAACAGAGUAAAUUAGAUUCUGCUCUUGAGAAGGCUCAACUAGAAAUUGAGGAACUUAAAGAAAAUUUGAUAAAGCUGAAAGAAAAUGAAUCAAUUGACCUAAAGAAAGCAAAGGAACGUAAUCAGAGAUUGAAUGAGGAAAUUCUGGCUUUAAGAACUCGGGUUCGAUCCCUUGACUCAGAAAAAAAAAUGCUUGGAGAAGUGAAUCCGUCAUCUGAAGAAAAACUGAAAUACCAGCACCAAGAGGAAGUACAACAACUUCGCCAGAAUUUGCACCGGCUCCAGACUCUAUGCAACUCAGCUGAAAAAGAGCUUCGAUAUGAGCGGGGAAAGAACGUGGACUUAAAGCAACAUAACAGCUUACUUCAGGAAGAAAGCAUUAAGAUCAAAAUUGAACUACAGCAAGCCCAGCAGAAGUUAUUAGACAGUGCUAGGAGGUGCUCUUCCCCCUCAGCAGAGUGGAAGCACUGUCAGCAGAAAAUCAAGGAACUGGAGCUGGAAGUACUUACACAGGCUCAGAGCAUUAAAUCACAGAACAGCCUGCAGGAAAAGCUGGCUCAGGAGAAAUCCAAAGUUGCUGAUGCAGAGGAAAAGAUUUCGGAUCUGCAGCAGAAAUUAGAACAUGCUCAAAAAGUCUGUCUCACAGAUGUGUGUAUUUUGGAAAAGAAGCAACUAGAGGAAAGGAUAAAAGAAGCCAUAGAAAAUAAAGAUAAAAUAAAGCAACAAUAUCAGGAAGAACAGCAGAAGAGGAACCUCCUAGAUCAGGAUAUAAAUGAACUACAAAAGAAAGUGAAGAUCUUGCAGGAUAAAGAGAAUAUACUGGAAAUAACCAAUUCUCAGCAACAAUACAGAAUUCACCAACAAGAGGCCCAACUUAAACAACUGGAAAAUGAAAAAGGAAAAUCUGAUGAGUGUCUCAAGAGCAACCAGGAAUUGUCAGAGAAGGUGUCUGGGUUGCAGCAGGAGAAGGAAGCUCUACAUAAAGAAUAUGGGAAAUUUUUGAAGCAGUUUGAUGCCUAUGUGAGAAACUAUAAUAAAAAAUGUCAUCAUCACAAAGCCAAGCUUCACAGAGUCAAGAGUCGUUUCACACAUGAAGUAGAGCUACGCGAUAAAAGAAUUAAACUACUUGAAGAUGAAAUAGGAAUACUGCGGCAAAAAUUAGAAAAGGAGAAGACAUUCCAGGACCAGGUCAUGGCCCAAAACGAUAGCCUGCUCCUGGAAAAUAGAAAACUUCUGGAGCAGCUCGUGGAGCAAGAAAAAUUGCUCCAUGACAACAAAUGUGUCAUAUCUUCCGUCCAGCACAGAGUACUCUUCCUGGAUAAAGAAAAUAAGCAGUUACAGGAAAACAGUCUCCGGCUCACAGAACAGGUUGGCCUCUUAGAGCGCACUGUAAGAAGCAUCCAGAUUUGCAGAGGAGAGGAAACAAUAUUUAGUGGCAUCUCUGAAUAUGAAGUACUGAAUAAAAUUUUGCCCCUACCAAACUCCAGUUUUUCUGGAACAGGUUUGGUAGAGUCCGUUGGAAGUCUGUAAGAGAUUAAAGAACGUACGUCAGAAGAGGCAGUGGCAAACCCCAGGUCCCUCGAGUCUCUCUACUGUGCACAGAAUUCUGAAGCUGGAACACACAUAGAUGUGGCUUCUCUGAAGGUGACACAUCACAUCUAAGAACAAGACCAAAAGUCAAAACUAUGAAAUCACUGACGUCUAAAACUAGCCUGGUCAAAGCUGCUAACUU